GCUCGGGUCCUAGCGGCCGCUUCAACCCCAGUUCCAGUCCCAGCUGCAGCCGCAUCCCCAGCUCCAGCUCGCGCUCCGCUCCUGAGCUCGGACGUCUCCACGCGUCCCACCGCGGCUUCCGGAGCCUGGCUCUAAAUUGCCUGAGCUCGUGCCCCGCGAUCAUCCACCGCCCUGCACCCUGGAGCGCCCGGCCGUGAGCCUCUGCAAGCUACUCGGGAUCCUUGCGACCGUGGGCAGCGGCUGCCGCCUCUGUCCCCCUGCGGGAGGACCGUCCUUGCUGCACCUGCGCAGUAACUCUGGCUGCACAGCGGACCCCGCGGGUAACACGGGCACCGCUGAAACAUGGCAGACGAAGACCUCAUCUUCCGCCUGGAAGGUGUUGACGGUGGCGGGUCCUCCCGAGCUGGCCGCGAUGGGGAUUCCGAUGCAGACAGUGACGAUGAUGAGGACUACUUCAUCUGCCCCAUCACUGAUGACCCCAUGUCCAACCAGAAUGUCAGCUCCAAGGUCCAGAACUACUACAGCAACCUGAUGAAAACAGAGUGCGGCUCCACAGGGUCACCAGCCAGCUCCUUCCACUUCAAGGAAGCCUGGAAGCACGCGAUUGAGAAGGCCAAGCACAUGCCUGACCCCUGGGCCGAGUUCCAUCUGGAAGACAUCGCCACAGAACAUGCUACUCGGCACAGGUACAACGCUGUCACCGGGGAAUGGCUGAAAGACGAGGUUCUGAUCAAGAUGGCAUCUCAGCCCUUCGGCCGCGGAGCAAUGAGGGAGUGCUUCAGGACGAAGAAACUUUCCAACUUUUUACAUGCCCAGCAAUGGAAGGGGGCCUCCAACUACGUGGCAAAACGCUACCUCGAGCCGGUGGACAGGAGCGUGUACUUUGAGGACGUCCAACUCCAGAUGGAGGCCAAGCUCUGGGGGGAGGAGUACAAUCGGCACAAGCCCCCCAAGCAGGUGGAUAUCAUGCAGAUGUGCAUCAUUGAGCUAAAGGACAGGCCAGGCCAGCCCCUCUUCCACCUGGAGCACUACAUUGAGGGCAAGUACAUCAAGUAUAACUCCAACUCGGGCUUUGUCCGUGAUGACAACCUCCGACUAACACCACAGGCCUUCAGCCACUUCACAUUUGAGCGUUCUGGUCACCAGCUGAUUGUGGUGGACAUCCAGGGUGUGGGCGACCUUUACACUGACCCACAGAUCCACACUGAGAAAGGCACUGACUUUGGAGAUGGGAACCUCGGUGUCCGGGGAAUGGCUCUCUUCUUCUAUUCUCAUGCCUGCAACCGGAUUUGCAAGAGCAUGGGCCUUGUGCCCUUUGACCUCUCGCCACGGGAGCAGGCUGUGGUGAACCAGAGCACCAAGCUGUUGCAAUCAGCCAAGACCAUCUUGAGGGGGACAGAGGAGAAGUGUGGGAGCCCCUGCAUAAGGACGCUCCCUGGCAGCCGACCCCCCUUGCGCCUUCACCUUUCAGAGAACUCUGGGGAUGAGAACAUGAGCGACGUGACCUUUGACUCUCUGCCUUCCUCCCCCUCUUCAGCCACACCUCACAGCCAGAAACUGGACCACCUCCAUUGGCCAGUGUUUGGUGACCUCGAUAACAUGGGCCCUAGAGACCACGACCGCAUGGACAAUCACCGGGACAGUGGGGACAGCGGCUGCCCAAGCGAGAAGCGAAGUGACCUGGAUGAUCCUGAGCCCCGAGAACACGGCCACUCUAACAACAACCAAAGGCGGGAAUCCGAUGAGGACAGCCUGGGCAGCUAUGGACGGGUCUGUGUGGAGACGUGGAACCUGCUCAAUCCCUCCCGCCUGCACCUGCCGAGGCCCUCAGCUGUGGCCCUUGAAGUGCAAAGGCUAAAUGCUUUGAACCUUGAAAGGAAAAUCGGGAAGUCUGUUUUGGGGAAGGUCCAUCUGGCCAUGGUACGAUACCACGAGGGCGGGCGCUUCUGCGAGAAGAAUGAGGAAUGGGACCGAGAGUCAGCCAUCUUCCAUCUGGAGCAUGCAGCUGACCUGGGAGAACUGGAGGCCAUCGUGGGCCUGGGGCUCAUGUACUCUCAGCUGCCCCACCACAUCCUGGCUGAUGUCUCUCUGAAGGAGACAGAAGAGAACAAGACAAAAGGCUUUGAUUACUUGCUGAAGGCGGCAGAAGCUGGUGACAGGCAUUCCAUGAUCCUAGUGGCCCGAGCUUUUGACACCGGCCUGAACCUCAGCCCAGACAGGCGUCAAGACUGGUCGGAGGCCUUACACUGGUACAGCACAGCCCUGGGGACGACCGACUGUGACGAAGGUGGAGAGUAUGAUGGCGUGCAGGACGAGCCCCAGUACGCACUGCUGGCCAGGCAGGCGGAAAUGCUGUUCACCGGAGGAUUUGGGCUGGACAGGAACCCCCAAAGAUCAGGAGACUUGUACACCCAGGCAGCCGAGGCAGCGAUGGAAGCCAUGAAGGGCCGGCUAGCCAACAAGUACUAUGAAAAGGCGGAAGAGGCCUGGGCCCAGAUGGAGGAAUGACUGUCCCAUAAGAUCACUGCCAGCUGGUCCCAAGCAAAAGGACUGGGGGUGGGGAGAACGGGACUGAUUUCUUUUAGAAGGGGAGCAGUUUUACUAUGUUAUAAAUUCACUUUUGUAUUUCAUUUUUUUGAUUCUUGACAAACUAAAUCUUUGCAACUGGCAGAGACACUGUAACUGCCCUUUGGGGUGGCAUUUUGGUGGGGGGAGUAGGGGGUUGAAUAUGCAGCCUAAUAAAUUACCAUAUUUUUUGA